UUAGGGUUAUUCACUAUAACCGGCUAUUAGUGCCAUCCUGAGUCUAGGGUUCCAAUAUUUCCCCUAUCGAUUUCUCCGUUCACAGUUGAAUUUCGCUUUCCAUGAUCUGCCUAACUGCUACUCCGUUUCACACUCAACGAUCGGAGUGAAAAGUAGAUUGUGAUGGCGCUAAGAGGGAGAAAAGUCUCUGCUCGAGGGGAAUCAAUGGCGGCAAAUUAUGCUUUUGGACCUCUCGAAGAUGAUGUUAUCAUAAAACACAGGCUUCUCACCCGGACAACGACCACCAGGGGGGAACCUCCAUUGAAGAAGCUACAGAAGAAGUUCACUUCCUUUGUUCUUGAGAUUGAAAAGGAUGGGAAUAACUACGAUGACUGCGAGAAGCUAUCCAGAGCUUUCUUACAAGAGCUGUCCACAUUUGAAAUUCCUUUGCUCAAGAGUAAAGCAGUUGUCGAUGCGAACAUUAGGGAAAAAGAGAGCUUCCAUGAGUUUAAGGAUGAGAUAAACAGGCAAAUUUUGUUAUCUCAGGGUGAUAUUGAAGAUCUUAAGAAGCAGCUUGAAGAAAGCAAAAUUGAGAGGAAACACAAGGAGGAGUGUGAGGCAAUUAGGAAGCUUAUAGCAGCCCAGCCGCCCAGGUCUGUGACACAAAAGAGUAUUAUGGAGUUAGAGAAGGAGAUUGCGGCACUUAAUGCGGAGAACACAGCUAGUUCUAGGAUGCUGGAGCUUCGCAAGAAACAAUUUGCCCUUCUGUUGCACGUGGUGGAUGAGUUGCAAAAUACCAUAGAGGAUGAACAGAAGAGUUUAAUGGAGGAAAUAAGAAUCACAAGUGAGGAGAAUAAGAUCGGUGUAGACGAGGCUAGUGGAGAAGCCAUGGCUGUCGACUGAGACCAUUCUGCAAAACUUGUAUGCUUAUUUUUUUUUACACCUCAAUAUCAAAGCUAUUAUGUUCUCUGGAAAUCUUAUUCAAGUUGAGAAAUGAAAUUGCAAAUGGAGUUGGAUAUU